UUUGAGUAUUUCGUAAACUAGUGUUUAUUUAUUUAUUUUACUUGUUUAAGCCAAAAGUGCUUUAGAGUUUGUGUAGUUGUGUGAGCAGCAGCAGUGGCUGAGUAAGCUUGAGCAGUGUACGUGCGCGUCAAAAAAAAACAAACGAAAACGAAAUCUAAGCUGGUAAAGAAAACCAAAAAAACAAAUACAAAACACACAAACAAAAACUAGUUAAGUCUGCUUUAACUUACAGAUACAGUUUGUUGUGUGGUGCUUUUUUUUUUUCUUUAUUAUUUUAUCAAUUGUAUUGGUAUAAGUGCGUGUUGGUCUUAGACUGUAUGUGUGUAUUUUGUCAUCAACUUUGCACUUUUGCGCUCGCUUAACUUUCGUUAAGCUUACAGAUUGUUUUAGCGCUUGCUGCAGUUAGCACGCGUGCGCGCAGUUUCUCUCAUUUAUUUCUUGAAAAAUAUAAAGAUUUUGAAUUUUUGUGUGUUGUUUUUUGUUCGGUGUAUUAAAUAAUUUUACAACAAGACGUGUUUGUGUUAAUAUUUCGCGCUGGCUUACGAAUCCUUUAAAUACCUGAAGUAUUUGAAUUCGAAUCAAUGUUUGUAUUUAACACAUGUACGUUAUGCUAAACGGCGAAAGGCUCAAAUAUAAAAUAUAUUUAAUCGGUUAUUAUCUAUUUGGCAAGACGUAUCUAUAACGACAAAAAUAACUAAAAAAAACAAAAAUUUAUAUAACAUUUAAAUGCUUGUAAAAGAAAAAUUAUAAAAAAUAUAUAUUGAAAGCAAAAAGUGUUUGAAAUCUAACUUUAAUUUUUGUGUUUUAAAAAAAUACGAAUUGAGCAAAAGAAUUUAUUUACAUUAAAAGUGUUUCCUGUUAAUAAACCUGUAGAAAGCAAAAGUGCCAAAUUUUUUUAUAAUUUAUAAUUUAUUAAAAAAAAACAAACUAAGUUAAUUUAUUAGCAUAACUACAACAAAAAAGUCAUAGUUUUACUAUAUAUAUUUAUAAAUAUCCUGUUUAAGGAUUUCGUAGUGGACAUUUUAACGAAUUUAGUUUUAUAAAUACAACAACAACAUCAUGGAAAAACAACAAUUUCUAAUUGGAUUAAUUUUAUGGUGUUUAUGCGCUCCCGUACAUCUGCUACGCACCCCAGAAGAUCUCGAACCUAUUGCGCUUAAAGCUUUGCAGCUUGAGAGAGCACGCUCUUUAACCGCCUGCGAUGAUGAUCAAGUAGAGAGCGCCACUGCCACCACUUAUGAUGUUUGCCCACCGAGUAAAUAUCGUUUGCCUACUGGUGAAUGUAAUAAUGUAUCGCAUCGUAAAUGGGGUGCUCGUGGUGAUGUUUUCCUACGUUUGUUGGCGCCUGACUAUGCCGAUGGCAUUAGCCAGCCUAGAAGUUCGCAUGGUACCCAUGCUUUACCCGAUGCUGAGUUCGUCAUUGAACAAUUGCAAAAACAUAUUGAUCCCGAAGUCAGACAUCCUCAUAUUACCGCUAUGUUACCGGCCUGGGGUCAAUUGUUGGCCAAUGAUUUGAUAGAGGUCAGUCAAUUGCCCAUGGAAGGUAAAUGUUGUAAGUCUUCCACGGAACGUAAUCCACGUGAAGUUGAACAAUGCUAUGUACGUUCUGGUGCGGAUUGUAAGGAAUAUAGACGUUCUGCUCCCGGUUAUGAUUCAGAAUCUUGCUCUAAACAUAAACGUGAACAAAUGAAUGUAGCUUCGGCCUAUAUUGAUGCCAGUGGUUUGUAUGGUUCCACUUUGCAAGAUUAUCAGGAAAUUCGCACUUUUAUUAGUGGUGGUGUUAAGGUACAUGCUUGUAAAUAUUGCACAGUUCCAGGUGCCACUGGUGCUUUGCAUCGUGCUUUAUUGCAAGAACACAAUCAAAUUGCCGAACAAUUGGCUCAUUUGAAUUCGGACUGGUCCGAGGAGGAUGUAUUUUUGGAAACUAAACGCAUUAUAACUGCUCAAAUUCAACAUAUUACUUAUAAUGAAUUUUUGCCCUUGGUUUUGGGUCAAGAAACAACAGCCAAAGAAGGUUUAAGACUUGCUGCUGAAAAACACUCGACCAACUAUUCCAGUACAAAUCGUGGUGGUAUUUAUAAUGAAUUUGCUACCAGCGCUAUGCCUGCCUUUUUGACCAUGUAUCCUCCCGAAAUGCUCUCCUAUACCAUGUCCUCUUCGCAAUUAUUGUCCGUAGCUGCUUUGCAAAAAUCUUUGAUACCCGCCACCGCCAACAAAGAAGGCUGGACUGAUUUAGCUUUGGCUAUACAUCGUGCCCGUGAUCAUGGUAUUCCUUCCUAUGUCGAGGCUUUGGAUUUGUGUGAGAAACGUUUCUCUGAUAAUGCCAAUAUCACCUUUGACAAUUUGCACAAACACUCACGGAUUCCCGAAGAACACAUUACCACUUUGAGGGAUAUUUAUCAAACAGCCAAUGAUGUGGAUUUGUUGACGGGUGCUCUCUUGGAAGAUCCUGCUGUAGGUGCCUUGUUUGGUCCCACUAUUUCCUGUUUGUUGUCUUUGCAAUUUGAACAACUUAAGAAAACUGAUCGUUUCUGGUAUGAAAAUGAUUUGCCUCCCUCCUCUUUCACUUUGGAUCAGUUGAAGGCUAUCAGACAGACCUCUUUGUCUGGCUUGUUGUGUGCUUCUAAUCAAGUGCAUGAGGCCCAAUCGAAGGCCUUCAUUAGAGAAGAUAAUUUCUUGAAUACUUUGUUGAAAUGUGAUCAAAUCCAUAAAUUUGAUUUACGUCCCUGGUUGAAUAAUCCCGAGGAAGAAGAAUCCAUAGAACAUGUUGAAAUUGAACCUGUAGUCAAGGAAGUUAUGAGUGAACUGAAUCCUGAACUCUUGGAGGCUGCUGUCGAAAGAGCUAAGAUGGAAUUGGAAGAACGUAAACGUUUUGAGUAUGAAUCCUGGAUGGCACAGGGUGGCAUUAGCGCCAAAUCUCCGGAUGGUGUGGCCGCUUCUUUCAGCAAGGCUAGCCGCAAUGCUUUAUUGCUGGCUAACUCUUCGUUGAUGUUCGAAUUGGCUUCCAAUGAGAUUUUGAAUACUUUGACCUCCAUUAAUAGACGUAAACGUCAAGUCUUUGAUUCUGGCUUGCACUUCAAUCGCAAUGAGUUGACCGAAACUUUGCAAACCAUUGAUAUUAAUAGCUUCUUACAAAAUCGCCCAGUCAAAACCGAAUGUGAUGAUCCACCAGUAGCCUGUGAUACUACUACACCCUUCCGUACUUUUACCGGUUACUGUAACAAUUUGCGCAAUCCCAACUGGGGUAAAUCUUUGACAACCUUCUCUCGCCUUUUGCCUGCUCAAUAUGAUGAUGGUAUUUCCAAACCUAGACUAUUGGCUGUUACUGGAGCUCCUCUUCCUAAUCCCAGAACUAUUUCCACUGUUAUUCAUCCUGAUAUUUCCAACUUGCAUACCCGUUACUCUUUAAUGGUGAUGCAGUAUGCUCAAUUCUUGGAUCACGAUUUGACUUUGACACCCAUCCAUAAAGGUUUCCACGAAUCUAUUCCCAGCUGCAGAAGAUGUGAUUCUAAGCAAACCGUACAUCCGGAAUGUAAUCCCUUCCCUGUGCCAGCCGGCGACUACUAUUAUCCUGAAGUGAAUGUUACCAGUGGCGAACGUUUGUGUUUCCCCUCUAUGAGAUCUCUGCCUGGACAAUUGACUUUGGGUCCUCGUGAUCAAGUCAAUCAAAAUACUCACUUUUUGGAUGCUUCUAUGGUCUAUGGUGAAAACCCCUGUUUGGCUAACAAAUUGCGUGGCUUCAAUGGUCGCUUGAACUCUACCAUCCAUCCUGUAAGAGGCAAGGAAUUGUUGCCCCAAACUAAUAGCAAUCCCGAAUGUAAAUCACGCAGCAAUCUCUGCUUUAUUGCCGGUGAUGAACGUUCAUCCGAACAGCCAGGUCUUACCGCCAUUCACACUAUCUUCUUGCGUGAACACAAUCGUAUUGUUGAGGGCUUGAGAGGUGUUAAUCCCCAUUGGACCGGCGAUCAAUUGUAUCAUCAUGCUAGACGUAUUGUUAGUGCCCAAGUUCAACAUUUGACUUUCAAUGAGUUCCUGCCACGUAUUCUCAGUUGGAAUGCCGUCAAUUUGUAUGGUUUGAAAUUGUUGCCACAAGGUUAUUACAAGGAUUACAAUCCUUCAUGUUCACCCAUUAUCUUCAAUGAAUUUGCUACCGCUGCCUUCCGUAUUGGUCACUCGCUGUUGAGACCUCAUAUUCCUCGUUUGAGUCCUCAGCAUCAACCCGUCGAUCCUCCAAUUUUGUUGCGUGAUGGUUUCUUUAGAAUGGAUGCUUUAUUGCAGCCUGGCAUUAUUGAUGAAAUUAUGCGCGGUUUGGUGGCUACUCCCAUGGAAACAUUGGAUCAAUUUAUUACCGGUGAAGUUACUAACCAUUUGUUCGAAGAUCGCAAGAUUCCCUUCUCCGGUGUCGAUUUGAUUGCGUUGAAUAUUCAAAGAGGUCGUGAUCAUGGUCUACCUUCUUAUAACAACUAUCGUGCUUUGUGUAAUUUGAAGAGAGCCUCGAACUGGAACGAUUUAAGUCGUGAAAUUCCCACUGAAGUUAUUAAUCGUUUCAAGAAAAUCUAUCCUACUGUUGAUGAUAUUGAUCUAUUCCCUGGCGCUAUGACCGAAAGACCUUUACAAGGCGGUUUGGUAGGACCCACAUUGGCCUGUAUCAUUGGUAUACAAUUCAGACAGUUGAGAAAAUGUGAUAGAUUCUGGUAUGAAAAUCAAAAUCCUGAAGUUAAAUUUACUGAAGCCCAAUUGGCUGAAAUACGUAAGACCACCUUGGCUAAGAUAACCUGUGAAAAUUUGGAAAUUCCCGGUGAUAUGCAACGUGCUGCAUUCGAUUUGCCCAGUAACUUCUUAAAUCCUCGUGUACCUUGUCACUCUAUGCCUCAAAUUGAUUUGAGUGCUUGGCGGGAAAAUGUUCAAGGCUGUCAAAUUGGCAAUCGUCAUGUGAGAGUAGGAGAAUCUGCCUUCCCCUCACCCUGUACCAGCUGUGUUUGUUCCACAGAAGGAGCCCAAUGUGCUUCUCUGCGCAUUACCGAUUGUGGUCAACUGAUUAGACAAUGGCCUAAAGAAGCUAUUCUACGCGAUGAAGUCUGCAAUUCACAAUGUGGUAUUUACCUCAAUGGUCAAAAUGGCAAUUUCAAUGCCCAGUCACGUCAAUCACAAGUACCACCCUCACGUGUACAACGCUCAAGGCCUCAAAAUCUAUUCAAAUUCCCCGAUCUUACACCCUUCAUAGCAUCAUUGUAAAUUUAAGGCAACAAAACAAAACAAAAAACACUUUAACACGAAACUUAAACUUUAAACUUAGAAAAUAAUUUUAAAAAAAUGAAAGAAACUACAAACCACAACAAAAUCCAACAUGUCCGCCAUUAGUUAAAGUAGACAUUCGAGUCCCUUAAAACGGAGGCUUAAAAGUAUAAAACGAAAUGUUUACUUAAUUUCUUUCAAACUUAGGUAAUUAUAAUAAAUUUUAUAUAUAAUUAAUGUACAUAAAAUAAAUUGUUAUUAUAAGUAAGAAAAUUACAUUUCACUUUAAUUAAAUAAUUUUCUUAAAACAAAAAGAAAAUGUAAAUAAUUUUAAAUUAUUAUCUUAAAGUUUCUUAAGCAUUAAACGUCAAGAAAAGAGAAGGAAUUUUAGUUACUCCAUGUUAAUUUUAUUAUAAUUUUUUUUUUUAUAUAAAAAAAUAUUUGUUAUAAACAUUAAAGACUUAUUAUGUAUGCACUUUAUAUAAUAACUAUAUAUAAAAAAACCAUAAACUCUUACACCAUUUCCUUUAAGCUAUAUAAGUAACAAAAAAAAAAUCAUUUUCAUUUUCCCUACUUAACUAUUUUCUUGAAAUGGUGUUUGUAACUACAUACAUAUGUAUUUGUUAGUAAAAUAAUUUUCCUACUUUUCUUUCUAAACUAUCACUUUUCAAAUCAUGUCUCCUAAUGAUUCUAGUUCCAUUUAACUGCCCACUUUUUGAAUGCAUAAAAAACAACAAGAAAACUUAUUACAUUUCUUAUAUAACUAUGUACUUGUAUUUCCUUUUUAGAUUUCAAUGCAUUUCUUUUGCUUAUUUAUUGAUAUUUUAUAAUUAAAACUUAAAACAAAACAAAAAAACGAUAUUGUAUAAUAAUGAUAUAUAUUUUUUAAUUAUAGUUUUCCACGAUAAUUAAUAAAUAAAUUUUAAUAUAAG